GCGAGCGAAGGUGAAGAGCCAGACAAUUAUAAAGAAAAAUCUACGGAGAAUAUUUCACAAGCGGCGGUUGCUAUAUAACCGUUGCAUCACGCCCUUCUUCCCUCGCAACCCACCUCGAUCGCCUCAUACUACUCCCGUUUCCCAUCCUUAAAACCUCCACCCGAUCGACUCCCACCGCGACCUCGCUUCUUUCUUCCUCCAAUGGAUUCGCUCUCCGUCCUCGACUCCUAUUUGCACCUCGUCUUCCUGCCGACGUCGGCGGCGCUCCCUUCAAUGGCCGCAGUCAUCGCCGUCGCCCUCGCGGUUCUCUGGUUCCACCCAGGCGGCCUCGCGUGGGCUCUGUCCAGGACUGGCCGAUCCAUACCUGGCCCCCACGGCGUAGUCCUUGCCCUCUCAGGCUCCCUGGCGCACCGCGUCCUCGCCGCGCUCGCUCGCUCCCUCCAAGCCGCCGACUUGAUGGCCUUCUCCGUCGGCCUCACCCGCUUCGUCCUCGCGAGCCAACCCGAAACCGCCCGCGAGAUCCUCAAUAGCUCUGCCUUCGCGGACCGCCCAGUCAAGGAAUCCGCCUACGAGCUCCUAUUCCACAGAGCGAUCGGCUUCGCACCCUUCGGUGAGUACUGGCGCAAACUCAGAAGGAUCUCCGCCACCUACUUGUUCAGCCCCAUGAGAAUCGCCUCCUUCGAGCAGCACCGGAUAGAGAUCGGGCAGAAAAUGAUCCUGGACAUAAUGACGAGCAUGGACUCGAAUGAGGUCAUCGGUAUGAGGAAAAUUCUCCACUUUGCUUCUCUUAACAACAUUGUAAUGAGCGUUUUCGGCCAAAGAUUCGAUUUUGGCAACGGAGAGGGCGCGGAAUUGGAAGAACUUGUCAAGGAAGGGUACGAGCUUCUCGGUGCCUUCAACUGGAGCGACCAUUUUCCUCUGUUGAGGUGGAUGGAUCCUCAGGGCAUCAGGAAGAGAUGCAGGAGAUUAGUGGACAGGGUCAAUAACUUCGUCGGAAGAAUCAUAGAAAAGCACCGUCGAAGGAGGGUCGAUGGGGUUGUGUCCAAUGAUGUAACUGGCGAUUCCUUCGUGGAUGUGCUGCUAAAGUUGCAGAAAGAAGAGAGUCUCUGUGAUUCCGAUAUGAUCGCUGUCCUCUGGGAAAUGAUCUUUCGAGGAACGGACACUGUGGCCAUCCUCCUCGAAUGGAUCAUGGCGAGAAUGGUCCUGCACCCGGAUAUACAACGCAAGGCCCAAUCGGAGAUCGACGGCGUCGUUGGCUCCUCGCGCCGGCCAAUCUCCGACUCCGACGUACCUCGCCUCCCCUAUCUCCAGUCCAUCGUGAAGGAAACCCUGCGGCUGCACCCGCCGGGUCCCCUGCUCUCCUGGGCGCGCCUCGCUAUCCACGACACCCACGUCGGCGACCACUUCGUCCCUGCCGGCACCACCGCCAUGGUGAACAUGUACGCGAUCACCCACGACGAGAGCGUGUGGGACGCCCCCGAAACCUUCAAGCCGGAGCGAUUCAUAGAGGAGAGCGUGAGCGUUCUGGGGGUUGACCUGAGGCUGGCGCCAUUCGGGUCCGGCAGGAGGGUGUGCCCGGGGAAGGCCCUGGCUCUGGCCACCGUCCACCUGUGGGUGGCACAGCUGCUUCAGCGCUUUGAUUGGAUCCCUGCCGGCGAGAAUGGAGUGGACUUGACCGAGUGCUUGAAGAUGUCCAUGGAGAUGAAGAACCCUCUCGUUUGCAGAGCCUUGCCAAGAUCCGAAUGAAACAGCGACUAGGUUAAUCAAGCACCAGACUAAUUUUGCAACACUUGUAGAUAGAUGCUACGGAUCCGUAGAUACUAAACAAAAGCUUUCCGCAGUAUCCAUCUAUACGAAGCAGUGGUAAUGUAGUGAUCAUAUAUAGUCAAAGUUAAUGCGAGCCUACGUCCUUAUCUUAAUUAGCAAGUUUAAGAGUAGUUCUGUUUGAAAUGUUUGAGUUUGUAGUGUGCAAGUAAAUUAGCAGGUUCCAAUCUUAAUAUAUGGUUUAAUAUAUG